AUUUAUUUCCCCUUGCUUUAUUUAUAUAAAGAAAGAACGAAAAAGAUGAGAAAGCCAAUUUAUAGUUUGGCAAGAAAGUUGGGACGCAUGUCCUGGAAUAAAUACAACUUGUAUAAUAUUGCACAUAAAGAAGUUUCCAACUUUCAUAAUAAAACAUUAUUUCAACAGAAAUGGAUUUCAAAAAGAGAAACUCGAGCUUACCACGGUGAUGAAGUGACAGAACGACAAUUCAAAAAUAAAUUCUUUAAUCCAAAGUUACCUACUGUUCAAUCUUCUUCAACAGAAGUUCAUCCAUCUGUAGCUGUCUUGACAUUUGCUGAAUUGGAACGAAGAUUAGAUUUUGUUGUGUUUCGAUCUAAUUUCUGUCCUUCCAUUUAUGCUGCUCGUCAAUUAUGUGUACACGGAAAAGUGAUGGUGAAUGGUAAAAAGCUGCCUUAUCCUUCACAUAAAUUAAAAGAUGGUGAUAUCGUCUCAGUUGAUCCACAUGCUAUUCAAUUUUUAAAAGGAGAAAAAGGACAGGAAUUAGACUUUACACCUAAACCAUUUUCACAGCCUUUUUUGUUUGUACCUGAAUAUCUUGAAGUCAACUAUAAUACGUGUCAAACUGUCUUUUUAAGAUCUCCUAUUUCUAGACCAGGACGAUCUGAAAUUCCUUCACCUUUUCCACCAGAAUAUCAUUCUCUUGCUUAUGAAUAUUAUGCUCGUAACAAAUAACGAUUGUAGUCUGUAUUUGUAUAAUAAUAAAGGGGUGAAGAUAAAAAAAAAGAGGUUUAUAUAUAUAACCAUGUAUUCAAUUGUAAAGAAGGGAAUAAAAAUGUAUAUAAAUACAUAUAUAUAUAUAAAUAUACUUGACAAUUACAAUUUGUAUACUAGUAAGAAGAGACACGAU